GUGCCCGUGCAUUAAGCGUCAAGUUGCAUUCCCAAGUUGCCCGUACCUUCCCCCCCGGUGCCUAUGCACUGACUGACACAAUUGCACUACCCUCCCUCCCGGAGCAUGUGCACAGAGUGACAGGUUGCACUGCCCACCCCGGUCGGUGCCUGUGCUGUGCUGUGCUGUCCCGUCCCGCGGCUCGCUUCGCCUGCGGUUGACGCACGAGCUGGCAGCGGCGGCGGGGGCUCGCGCUCCGCUCACUGUAAGAUGGCGGCGCUGGGCGAGGAGCGGCGCUUCGGGCUGUCGUGCGCGAGGCUCAGCGCGGGGCAGCGGCUGUCGCUCUACCACGUCAAGCUGACCGACACGGCGCUGCGGGCGCUCGAGGCUUACGAGCGGCUGGCGGCUUCCUUACCAAAUCAACCUGUAAUCUGCUUUCAAGGAAAUCAGGGACAGUACAUCAAAAUACCAGUUCCUAAAUCAGACUGCCAUGAUGGUGUGCGGUGUUUUUCAUUCUAUCUGUCAACUGACAGCAAAGACAAGCCUCAAGGAAGCUUUGACUGCAUCCACCAGUAUGUUUCCAGUUUUGAAAGAAACCAACUUGAGAGCCUGGGAAGCAUUCAAGAUAAAAUUACAGUUUGUGCCACUGAUGACUCCUAUCAGAUGACUCGGGACCGUAUGUCGCAAGUAGAGAAGGAAUCUUGGAGUCGAGCAACAAUAGAAAUUAAACCAGGGUCAUCACAUCAAGGUACACGUAAACCAAUCAGUGUUCGAAAGCAACCAACGAGCCAAGCUACUGAUGUCAUUCCACUCAGGAAACAUUCCCCCACUAUGAUGCCAUGCCUUGUGGCAAAGAAAAAUCAUGUCAGUUCAAUUACCUAUAAGCCUCUGAGAGAUCGUAUCACCCAUCUUUUGGCUUUGAAACCAUAUAAAAAGCCUGAGCUUAUUGUAUGGCUGGAGAGAGAGAAAGCUAAUCCAAAGGACAAGGCUGAGCUUUCAUAUGUAUUGGACCAGGUGGCAAAGUUAAAUAUAAAGGACAACAGUUACACACUAAAGGAUGAACUCUACAAGGAAAUUCAACAGGAUUGGCCUGGAUACAGUGACGAAGAAAAACAAUUGAUACGUAGACUCCUAAUAAGGAAACUUCAGCCGCCAAUUUCUUGUCAACCCAAGACUUUUCAACUCAGUUCUUCAUUCCAGAAGCCCUCAGGGGAAAACUCACCACAGUCAAGCCCUGUCAAGACUUCUUUGUUGAAACGAUCAGUGCCUUCAGAACGAACAGAUUCACACAAAAACAAGAGAAGUAAAGUAUUGCAUUCCAGGAGUAAUCAGCAGCUUAUUUUGAAUGGUCAUCGUUCUCAUUCAACAUGCCCUAUUACCACAUCAAAUUGCUGUUUUCCUACUAAAACAGAGUUCCAGAAAACAAAUUCUUCACUGCCUGAGAGUCAGAAUGAAGUUACAGAGCCAUUUAGAAACUGCAAUGACUCUACACGGACUCACAUAAACAAAAAUGAUAAAGAAUUCAAAGGUAAUUGUGAUAUUUCUGGGAAUUCUCAUAACCAAGUUGCACAAGUAAGUUUGGAACAGACAUCCUACCAUCUUCCAGAGGAUAUGGAACUUUGUGCUGGUCAUAAUAAAAAAAAGUACAAAAAACAUAAAGAGAAGGAGCGAGAGCACAUGAAACCAGAAGCAAGAAAGUGGCUGAAAGAAAGUCCAUCGCAGAGGUUUGAAAAAUCACAUGAAGAAAAUCAUAAAGAGCAUGAGACCACAAAUACAUCUGCAACCGCUAAUUCAACAGUGGAAUUGCCAGACUAUUUAUUAAAGUACACUGCCAUUACAUCUUUAGAGCUGUGUCAAAACUAUCGGAAUGAUUUCAAUGCAGAGUAUAAUGAAUAUCGGGAUCUUCACACGAGAAUUGGAAAUGUAACACAACAGUUCAUGCAGUUGGGUUCAAAGAUCAAAACACUUAGCCCUGGGACGGAGGAAUACAAGAUGGCAGAGGAUCAAAUAUUUGAGGAAUAUAGGAAAUUUAAAAAGGCUCAUCCUAGUCAUCAGGAAGAGAAGGAUCGUUGUGAGUAUCUGCACCGAAAGCUGUCUCACAUCAAGCAGUUGAUUUUAGAAUAUGAUCAGAGCAACAUACCAUCAUGAUUUACAAUAACAAGAGCUUCUUGUUUGGAAUUUUAAGACCAUUUAGUUACUUCUGGACACAAAUGAAAACUUAAGGUUCUAGAAACUAACUUUAAGGAGAUUUUUUUUCUGUUAAAAGAAAUCUUCUGUCCAUUGCGGGUUUGCCAUUCCUGUAGUAAAAUCUGUCAAUGAAGGACUGAGUAUCAGUGCUAGCAACAAAUUUUGACUACCUGUGACCUAUAGCAGUUUGAACUGAGCCAUAAACUGCAAUCUUUUAUAUAUAUAUUUUUUGCAAUGUAUAUAUGUAUUACAUAAAACAAAAAACAUUAAUGUCAUAUCAUGGAAAAUAUUUAUCUUCUCUUUGAAGAUGCCUUAAAAUAAGUUUUGAACAAGAAAACUUAAGUCUGUAAUGCAUUUCUGCGGGGCCAAUAUUUAGAAUACAAUUUAUGUUCAUGCAUUCAUUGUUUUUGAUUAACAUUUCUUAUAUUAAUUCCUUUAGGCAACACUGUUGUGAUAUUUAACACAAAGCUACCAAUUUAAUAAUAAUAUUGCCUUAACUUGUUUUUGUUUCUUCCUUGAGAUUAACACUAGUGUAAAUUAUCUGCAGAAUUUUGCUUUUACGUUAGUUUGCUGAUAAACUAGCCAGAAAGAAAGGAUUUAUUUGAUCCAACACUUUACAAGUAUGUGAAGUAAGGUAUUUUAAAAUAUGUUCAAAAUUUCUUACAAACUUACACACAAAUAAAAAAACAAAUUAGUGAAUGUAUUCAAGAUGCACCAUAUUCACACUUUUCCCAAUAUAGAGUUUUUCCCCUGGAGAUAUAUUUUUCAACAAUCUCAGAACAAUGUGAGGAUUAUAAUGAUAUAUAACUGAUUUGUGGAACAAAAUUAAAGCCAGAUUUUAUAUAAGUUUAUUGCAGAAGUUACUGUGUACUCUGAGAUUGUGUGGCUAGUGCACAAAGUGUAUGAUGUAGAAUUUUUUUGUUUGUCCUUACUAUUUGGAAACACAUUUGGAUAUUAUGUGUACUGAUUUAAUGCAUCAGUCCACCAGCUAAAUCUGUGUACAAAAUAAUUUCUUGCUCAAUUAUUUUGCUUUUUUGCACAAUUAAAACAGGGUGGUUUUUAAAUUGUUAGGUGACUGAGCUAAGUAUAGUAUAUAUGAAAUAAGUAACAAUGGUGUCUGUAUUUGACAGGUGUGCACUGUUUAUAGGGAAAUAUGUACUAUCUGUAUAAUUCUAAAACACUGGUGAAAUUCUGGCUCCCCUCCAUUAGCACAGCCUUUUUUUUUGGUUGAAUCCACUUCAGGGUUGGUAUACUGCAUAUAGUGUACACUCACAGUAUAAAAUACUUUAAACUAUUCAUUAGUUUGUAUGGUGAUGUGACCGUACAGCACCCUUACUUGUACUGUAUGUGUAUGGAUAUCACUGAAACCUUACAUUUACACCAGAUAUUCAGAGCCAUUCUGAUGCUAUUUUAUAAAUUGCAUAUUGACAUUACUGUCCAUCUAAAAACAAAGCAUCUUUGGAAUUUUGUUUAUCUACACAACUAUGAUUAUUGAAGAUCUUGGAAUUUCUGGCAAAGACACAGAAUAAAUAAAUCAAGUACAAAUAUUUGCUUCUUGUGAUGGAGCAGGAUUCCAUGCUGUGGUUACAUGAUAUUUUAGCUCCUGCUUUUUCCAUUUUUCCACUGACUAGGAAUACAAAUUUGCAAUUUUUUAUUGUUUCUUUGAUAAAAUUAUUAUUGCUGUUCUGUAUUCUCAGAAUAUUACAAGUUGCUAUCUGUGAAGAUUUGAGUUAACCAAUUUGGCUUUCACUAUAGUUUAGUUUUUCUUUUGUAAAUAAUGUUUUGCAGUAGGAAGUUGAAAUAGACUUAAGUGGCAUAUAAGUUUAUAAAAGGCUGAAUAAAUGUUGCUUGGAUAUGUGAUCCAGUUACAUUCAUGCAACAAACCCCCAUGUAUGUAUGCCACUCACUUUUUUACUGAUCAUGAUAAUAUUAAUUUUCAGUUAUUUGCAGCUCUGCAAUUGUCAACACAGCAUCAGUUAGCUACCAUCUUUCAUCUAUUAUUAGCCUCAUUAUUUGUUUUCCCUUUGCUCUCCAUUUGUACCAUAUUUGCACCUAAUAUUAAAUACCCUAACAUAUUCAGUACCUUAAAAGAUGUUUCACCUGCACAGAACACAUUGGAAACAAUCAGCUUCUGCCCAAGAUUAUACGGAAUUAAGGGAUGUGGUCUCAGCUGAUGUGCCUAACCUGCCAAGUUUUGGCAGCAUCAGCAUUAUUUGUUUAAUUGUUUAUAAACAUUUUUUUUCUUUAUUUAAAUAUUGUACGGAGACAGAUUUAACUCAAGAAAAAGUUUAAAAACUGCCUUCUUAGAAUUUGAUUUUCAUUUUUAUCCAGAGAUUUUUUGCUAGUUUGAGUGUAGUAUUUAAAAAUAUACUGUAUUUAAAGAUCCAGAAUUUCAUAUCAUACCAAAGGCUCUGUUUAAGUAAUUUGCAACAAAAAGCCAUAGUCAAAGUCUACUUCCAGAACUUCCUUAGGUGAAGAAAUUUGUAUCACAUUACUUACAACACAACCUUUGUUCAUUUAUUUUCUUAAGUUCCAGCUUUAAAUAUUUAAUAGUGAAAACUGAUAUUUCCAUAUAAAUUUGUAGUACAUGUGAAAAAUAAUCUUGUGUUUCCAGCAGCAUUACAGCUGUAACUUGCCAUUCCUCACAGUGAGGAACUAGCUCCAUGGAUUAUAUUUACUUGUCUUUGUAAAUGUCAUUAUGGCUUGUUGAAAGACUCUUUCUCUUUACUGGCAUUAAAUAAAGUAACCUAUGCUGAGCAAGAAUGUCAUACCUGACAUUCUGCAGCUAAAAUCUAAUUUACUCCUUUAUACAGCAGUUACCAUUUUUGAUUAAAUUUCUUUUAAUGCUGUCUCAUCUUACGUUUCUUAUACUGUGCAAUUUGUUCUUAAGCCUUCUACUGAAAAAUAUAAAUACAAGAUAAAUUCAGAGUGCAGUUGUGAGUUAUUGAAGUCCAGCUAUGUAAAAAUAUUUGAUAAAAUUCCAAAUUUUAAUACUGGUGCCUGUUUGUUUUCAGUUCAGUAUCAGUUUUUUCCAGUGGAGAGUUGAUCUGGUAUUGCUUAUAUUUAUCUCAUAACAUCAUCUCAAGUUCUGCCCUUUUUUUUAAAACAAUGAUCAUAUAUGUAUUAUGUUUGAAAUGUAACAGACUGGCUGAAAAUCUGAGUGAUCCAUUACAGCCUGAUAUACUGUUGACAGAAACUAUAAUAAGAGAUACAGGGCACCAAAAUGUAGUUCAGAGUUUUAGUGGUUACACUGAACACAGGACCAAAGACAAGUUUUGCAUCAUUGAUUGCUUGGGACAGCACAGUGCUUUGGAACUCUGCAUAACAGAAACUUUUGACAAUUACAUUGAAUUGUUUCCUAUGCAGCAUAUCUUUCCUAAUUUUAAUAUUUCUGUCUCAUUUUGAAAUGAAAUGUGUAGAGUGUGCAGCCUGCAUUUUAGUUCCACUUAGGCUUGAGUUCUUCAAAUGCUUUAAUUUAUGCAGUCAUAUAAAUGUCCAUCCAGCUCUUUCCUUCCUUAAAAACACCAGUCAUAUUUUAUCCACUAUGUACAUUCAGUUCUUAAAUCAUCCUCAGCUACAAUUAAUCUUUUAAAAUUGAUCCAGGUUGAAUUCAAUCCAGGAAGUGAAUUGUAUUUAAUAAAAGAAUAACAUGCACAUGUAUCUGCAAUAUAACAGGCCAAAGGUUUGUUGCACUGCUUAAUUACUUUUAAAGUAUAUCUAUUGAUCAAUGUAAGAAACAGCACUACCACUUUGGGCAUAGCAAGCCUCAGAUGGCCAUAUGGUGAUGGCCCAGUAUUUUAUUUAUAAUGAAUUCAUUUGGGGUUUUUGUCCUUCUCUGAGAUCUUCCACAGCCAUAUGAUUUAGCAGUAUAGAUCCUGGAUUAGUAUCUCACUUUGAAAAUUGCAUUUCUAAAUGUAGGAUAGCAUAUCUGCGCUGGAAUAUCUAAUUAAAUUUUAUCUGUGAUUCUUGAACCCAUAAUUUCACUCAGCAACUUUAAGAGCCAAAAUAUUAAACAUUGUUCAUUUAGAUUAAUACCAGAUUAACUACAUCUGCAGAUUUUCUCUUGAUUAUCCCUUACCUUUGUAGCCUAUGGAUUUAACCAUCUUUAUCAAGCUAGUGAGCUGAUAAUCAUUACGUUGGAUUCAGAGUUGAAAAUUUGUGCUGUUAGAUGGAAGGAACUGUAUAACUAAAGAAACAAGUAAACCACAAAUUAAUCAUUUAGACAAAUGCCAUCAAUGAAUAGAAAUGUACCUGACAAGCCUCUUGGCUGUUUCUUAUGAAAUUAUUCAGAACUGAUACUUUAAAGAGAAUGCAAAAAGAACAUGUACAUUUACAAUGAUUUACUAACUUACAUAUGUAUAAAUUUGCCAUUUUCUACUGGCUGUUUUGUUCCUUCUCAUUAAAAUAUGCAUACUCCACUGAAUGGACUGUGAAUCUAACUCAUAUUUACAAGCGAAGUGUGUGGCUGACUGCAUGUUAACACAGGCUUCCAGUCCAACAGCUUAUUUUAUAUUGCUGCUCAGUUUCCGUUCAUGUCAUUUUGAGCCUUCUCAUGGAAAAGGUGGUGUAUUGCCAAAUUUUCUUGAUUUCUGCCAUCCUUUUUUAUUUAAAAGCAAUCAAGCUUUCCAUUUUUUUUUCUCGCUGGGCCAUUAUGUCCUAAGUAAAGCAAUUUACUGUUUUUUUCUUUCCCCAGGUGCAAACUGUUGUCACAUUCCUUUCACAUCUCUACCAAAUCUUUGCACCUUCCACUGAUGAAUAUUUAAUUAAUUGUUCUAUGAGAAACUAGGAGAAAGAUUGCAAAUUACAUGUUUAAAAUGGUUUCAAGGUCAAUUUGUGUUUCAGCAUUCACAUAUAAUGUGUGCUUACAUGUAAUAUAUGUUGAUUUUGGAUUCAUUUCAGUGCACAACUAGUGUCUGUUGUACGUGGAAAAAUUACAGGAUUCUGAAAUAAAGUGGUAACAGCUA